AGACACUAGCCUACGUUUGGAACAGCUGCACCAAGGUGGGCAAAAUGGUAAAGUGCGACUUUUCGCAUUAGUGCCCGACAGAUCAGUGUAUGUCCUUUCAGAGACACCGUAGGAACUGUGGCAAAGGUAGCUUGGAUACUUUACCCUACUUGGAUACAAGGUGACUGCUGUGCCUACAUCUCUGGGUAUGAUGUCAGAGAUUGUGUUUGCUGCUACCAAAGACAAGUCCAAUGUCACUGUAGUAAAUAUUGAUGAGCUGUCUCUCUACACAACCCCUAAGCAGAAGCUUUUGUUUGUGAAGACAGAGAAUGGCCAGUUGGAGCAAGGUGUGGCCACCAUAAGGACAACGGUUGAGCCUUAUGCAACUUGGUGUCAGCAAUCAGUUCACAGUGCAGUGGAAAAGGUCCAGGGUAUCUAUGAGAAAGUGAAGCCAAAGGUGGAAAGCGUUAUCCAAUUUGGAACUGAUAGUUACGCUUACCUCAAAAACCCUCCAUCUGAAUUCUAUCCGCGGGCUGGAAUCAUUGGUUUCACUGGCUUCCUUGGAAUCUUUCUUGCAAAAGGCUCCAGAGUGAAGAGACUAAUCUACCCUACUGGCCUGAUGGCUAUUAGCACCUCUCUCUACUACCCCCAGCCUGCUGCAACAAUCGCCAAGUCAACCGGGGACUACGUGUAUGAUUUAGCACUACAGGGUUACGUUGCCAUGGAGAAUGUGUUCAAGCCUGCCAGCAAACUAGCUGUUGAGAAGUCGGUGAAUGAAGAGAAACCAGAGGGGCUUGCUCCUGAAACCAAACCUGAAUAGGUCUACCAACAUCAUGAUGACAAGUACUCAAGAUUAGCAGGCUUCAAGGCAUUGCAGGUCCAUCCUACUGAACACCAUGGUUUGUCAUGGGCACAAUUGUUCUCAUUUCGAUGUUCUCAUGACUCACUUUUGCACUAGCCUCUUUCUGUAGAAGAUAGGGCCUGUCACCAAGAUUGUAUUUAUAUAAGGCUAAAUAAAAAUCUAUUUUAUGUCCA